CACACCUGUGGAAAACAGGUAGCCUUUUGACAAGGAAACGCUGGAUGCAGGUCAUGGCGGUGCUGCGAGUUGUGUAUCUGAGCAUUACAGUGUAAGAAGUUAAAUCCCGCAGUGUUAUUAUCUGUAGUUCUCUUUUAUUUCUCAUGGAGCAAACACAUAAAAAUACCGCUGAGGAGACAGGUAACACGCCAGGCAGGAUGCCGCUGAAUGCAGGAGACACGGGGUACGGAAGCGUGCCAGGCCCCGGGCUGACAGGCAGUGUGGUAGACACGGAGUCAACCCCGUUGCUUAUCCCGGCAGAAGAACCGGAGCCGUACCAGCGGUGGCAGCCCAUGUCCAAGGAGGAGCUGGAGUUAGCCGCUGGGGGUCCAGGGUGGAGAAGGGUACGCUGUUACCUGGUGCUGCUGUUCUGGUUGGCCUGGGUGGCCAUGCUCGCCACCUCCAUUGCAAUUAUAGUGGUGAGCCCCAGGCCGGUCGCUACUGAGCUCACAUGGUGGCAGAAGUCUCUGUUUUAUCAGCUGCAACCGGAUCUGUUCACUGACAAACACAGCGAGGGGUCAGAGGGCAUCAAUGUGUUGUGUGAGCAGAUUCCCUACAUCAGGUCCCUGGGCAUAGAAGCUCUGAUUCUGGAGGGUCUGUUUGAUAAAGGAGCAUCCCCUCUAAACCUCACAGCAGCUAGUGGGAAGGUUGGGACUUUGCCUCAGAUCCAGCAUCUAGUUGCAGAGAGUAACAAAGCAGGUCUCAAGGUGGUAUUAGACUUCUGUGAAGUUGACCUCAUUGGACCUCAGGAUGUAGAAGAAAAUGCUGAUAAGCUGUCAAACCAGUCAGUAACAGCAUAUAGACUCCGGUUCUGGUUGCAGCAGGGUGUUGCAGGCUUUGCAAUCUGUGACACAGAUGCGGCUUAUUCUGAGAAGACUUUGCUGGAGUGGAGAGGAGUCUUCAGAGAGUUCAGUCAGGAAGAGGAGAGGAUUGUUGUGGUUAAACAGACCAGAGACAUUUUGCCUCCUCUGAACAACUCUACCCUGGUGAAUGUGGUUGUGAGGUCAAUUCUACCUCCUUCAAAUCACCUUCUGCCUGCUAAGGAAGUUGCUGAUGCUAUAGAGAAACACCUGCAAACAAAAGAGGAGGACAUAUGGCCCAGCUGGACGGUUGGAGGUAAAGCUUCUCCUGAUUUGAAGAAAUUACUCCGAGUGCUGAUGAUGACGCUCCCUGGAUCACCUGCAGUCGAGUAUGACGAAGACCUCGACCAAAGACAGAACGUGUCUCUGAACGCCAGGUCGUCACUUGGAGAAAAUAACUCACCAUCAGACAGUCAGAUAGACAAAGAGAAGCAGAAGCGUCUAGCUGUAGCUCUCUUUACCUCCCUCAGUCACUCCAGAGCCAGAGAAGAAGCUCUCCUAUUCGGCAGCUUUACUUUCCUCCCCUUCAAUUCCUCCUCCAAUGCGUCCUCCUCCAUCUCCGGCUCCCCUCCACUCCCGGUCCUUGCCUUCUUGCGCUCAUGGGGUUGCGUCCACUUCCUCGUCCUGCUUAAUGUUGGGCCAGAGCCUCACCUCUUGGAUCCUGCAUGGGCCCCAAGCCUGCCCAAAGCUGGAGUUUUUGUGACCAGCACAGAAAUGGACCGUUUGGGUACAACAGAUCUGUACUCCUUGGAACUGCGGCCCCAUGAAGCCAUCGUCAUCAAACUGUUCGAGGCAGGCAGCUACUCGUAGAGCUUUUAAACAGUCAGCUGUGUAGAGGUUGGAGAGUUCGUCCUGUCACAGAAUGACGAAUGUCUGAAAGUGUUUUCUUUUUUAAAAUUCUGAAGGCAUGUGCUUAAGAAGUCACUUCAAAAUAAAUGAAUGGUUCUGUGUGGCAUCAUAUGUCAGUAAAAUGAGUAAACAGUAAAACUGCC